GCGAUGACUCAAGCCUCGGUAAACAGUAUGCGGGGACGAUGAGUCACCGUUUUACACAUUCGCGUAUAGCGUUUGAGUAGUGUUGUCAGUCUACAGUUGGUAGCAAGCAAGCACACGGUACUAGGCGUUUAUAUCGCAGGUUUAACUGCCAAGCGCCUAGUUAUAAAAACACAAUUAGACAAUAAAGACUAUUUCUUGAUAAACUGUUAGUGUAAGAACAAGUUUGUGUGAAAGUAUAUUUAUAGUUCCGUAGUGUGCGUGUCAGUGAAACGGUCGAUAAAGUUGUUGAUCGUUCUGUGCUAUUUGUGGAUUCCUUACAUACUAUUGGAUUUGAGUUAAGGAGGAUUAUCGACAAUGCCGUCAAACAAGAAACUCAUAUCUAAGAUGCGACAGAUAGUACAGUGGAUCUUAGUGGUUCAUGUGGUUGAAUUUGUAGAAGCGUAUUGCACACCACGCGACACAGCCCGGCGUUCCCCGCAGCGCAGCCGCCGAUCCCGCGAGCCGCGCAGAUCUCCGGACGCCUCCAAAUGGCGUUACGACUCCCGCCGACCUUACGAAUUUGAUUCCUGUCGUCGAUCAUACGAUUACGAAUCGCGACGAUAUUACGGACGAGACUACGACGGUGAUUCGGGGAGGCGCCCAGAUUUCGACGCAGAGUCUGCCAGGCGACGGGCGGAUUACGAAUCUGCUAGGAGGACAGACUUUGACUUGUCCGCGCCAGGAGUCUCGAGGCGCAGUCCCGAGAGCGCUCCUGAAGGCUCCACUGAAUCACCUCCCGAGCCCGCGCCGUCUGCUCCCCUAAGACACGAAAGACAAGCCAGACAUCGUUCUCAACUUUACUACGAAUCAGAAUCAUCAACGGAUGAACGAACCUCAUCAUCAGAAGAAGAAGAAAACGAUUUUGGAGAAUUCGAUCCAUUUGCAACGGCUCCGUCUUUACAUUCACCGGAUAGUGGUCGAUCAGACCCGAGAUACGCGAACGCGCCCCGACGUAACCCAAGUCCCUACUAUUACGGAGACCUGUUUAAAACAGCGCCACCUGCGCCGGCUCCAUCAGCACCUACUGCUUCCACUACGUCAUCUUCUCGUGGGCCUAGAUACAGGAAGUCUGCCAGCCUAGACGCGCCCCACGUUGCUCCUAGACCGAAUCUUCCGAAGCGAUUUUCCGUAGCUGAAGAUGGCUUCCGUGAAUUAGAGCGGUCGUCAUCUUCGUCUGGAGAGAGCGCGUGGAUGCCGCCAAGGCGCCGCGGGCGCGACGCGGCCGGCUGCGCGUGCGCCGCGCCCGAAGAUGUAGAAGAGCAUCGUCCUUCUCGCAGCGUCUUUUACGUGCCGGCGCCGUUGCCUCGCUGGCCGCAAGAGAUGACAACUCGACAGAUAUAUGAAACAGCCUUUGACUGUAAAAUUGCACGCUCCGACGAUGACUUGGAUGACUUUGAUCGUGUCAGUAACCACCCAGCGCUCUUACAAGCCGAAGAACGCAAAGUCAUUUCUUCCGCCUCGUCUGCAUUUGAAGCUGUUGAGCGUAGUGAACCCGAUUACAAGGGUCGGCGUAAGGUGACUAUGAAAACAGAUAGUGUACGGCGAUCAAAAAUUCCUACCAUUCGACAAAAGAGAGAAAAUGAAGGUAAUACUUGUGCCCUAUCUGAAGAAUUAGAAAAAGUACAUAUUGAGGAAGAUGAUAGAACAGCAUCGACAUCGCAACUUCCUUUGCGAGGUUAUACACCAUCACCGCCAUCAACAGCCCCUUUGCCAGCAAAAUUUCAGAAAGAUGGGUCUGCAAUGAAUAGUAUUAAAAGCGCCCCUAAUUUACCUCAAUCUCAGCCUUCACAUCCUCGAUUAAAGGAUUUGCGACUGCCUGUUAAAUCAUUACGGGCGAGAGAAACUCCAACUAGCAGUGAUGCAAGUAUGGCUGAGGUAAAAGGUUCAGCCUCAACUGAUCUAGAUAUUGGUCAAAGACUGAGAGAUUCAAGCCGUGAAUCUCGUGAUGGUGAUGAAGAAAGGCAAUCUAAAGACGGUAUUUUUUUAGAGAUUAAGGGCCGACCCACUUCCGAUUCUGAUACACCUGAAUUGAAUCGGUACUCGGGGCCAAAGGGGGUCGGCCCUAUAAUGGAAUUUAAGGGAAGGCCAGGCGUUACCCGUCCACGUCGUAAAUAUUCAAGCACAGAGAGUAUGGCAACAAGCAGCAGUGGAGGUAGUAUGGAAUCACUUCGAAGUAGUAAUAGUGAAGGAGAUAGAAGUAGUAGUAGCUCAGAGAGUCGCCAUUCUUCGUCACUUAGUUCCCAUAGCUCAGAUUCGGGUAACGUCCCAUUUACAAAAUCACAUCACAUGCAACUGUCGGGGUUUGGGCACCACACAGCUAAACUACAUAUUCUUAGCCCAAUAUCUGAUAAAUCUUCCCAAGAACCCGCAUCUGAAACAUCAGACAAUAACAAAAACAACAAUUCUCAAAAGGUUUCUCCCGACGAUGGUGAAAUGGGAAAUACUACAGUACAGACUACUGUUGAAAUUGUUGCCAAACCUAAACGUCGUGCAUUACAAAAUAGAAAUUUGUUAAAUCUCACGUUCAGACAUUCCACGACUGGUGACGCAGAAAUUCAAGGAUCAGACAGUGGAAUUUCAAUACACUCAAGAGAAGGAGUGGAUUCACGAAAUGCGUUUAUUAAUUUUAAAAACAGUAAUACAGAGGAGGAACGUAAAGACGAUGACUUAGAUUUAUCAGAUCUUCCAUUUGAUAUGCCUAAAUUGAGAAGGCGACGCGCCGAAGCUGAAGCUGAUUUAAGAUCCUUGCCAUUUGAUAUGCCAAAACUUCGCCGAAAAUUGCGAGGGCAGUCUCUUCAACUCAAUAAUGAUUUUGGUAUACCUAUUUCCAACGCAUCAUCCAGCCAAAGCGUGCAAGAUUUAAAUCAAGGUAACAAGCAUCACCCAAAGUUAUCAUUGAACUUUGGCACUGGCGGUGGUACUAGCAGCUCUAAGGGAUUGCAUUUAAAUUUGGGUCCCAUUGCUCCGCCGCGGGACUUGGUUGAUUCGACUCUUCCACUUGACAGACAAGGGUGGUAUCAUGGUACGUUGACUCGCGUGGAGGCUGAGAGUCUGCUGCGGGAUGCUGACGAAGGUGCUUUCUUGGUCCGCAACAGCGAAUCAGCGAAACAUGACUACUCAUUAAGCUUAAAGUCGACGCGUGGCUUUAUGCACAUGCGAAUAUGUCGUGGUACCGAAGGCUACACUUUGGGUGGAGCUGCUACUGCAUUCCCCACGGUUCCUGCACUCAUGAAGCAUUACGUCACGGCCCAAAGGUUACCAGUUAGAGGAGCAGAACACAUGUCACUAUCGACACCGUUGCCGGCUGUGUUACUUUGAAUCAUGGAUGUGUAACAUUUGAAACUUUUGAAAAGGCCUAAAAAAAGCCUAAAGAAGGGCUAGAUUUUGGCGAAUCGCUGAAGCAGCAACGGAAUCCAAGCUGGAGGAAGCAUUAUGAUUUGCUUGCACCCUUUGCUUUUCGAUUGCGACAGCAGCGUCUGUUAUUUGUAUAGCUUUAGAAGAACAAGAUAAUGAUACCAAAGAGUUAGGAAGAGCCUAGCGAUAAGUUUGUUAAGUGAAAAUGGGCUUUUGUACAUUUAACGUAAGAGCGCAUCCUCGUGCAUCAUCCAACGUUAUUCUAGUCCCGACACCGCAGAAACCUGUAAAAAGUAACGUAUUAUUUAUUCGCGUAUAAACUUUAAUAUUUAUUUCAGUAUAGUGUACUAUGUAUUGGUGUAGAUCACUUGUGUUUAGUACUUACGCUUCAUAUUACUCAUUCGUUAUUUAUCGUGGUAUCAUUACGAUACAAUUUAAUAAGUGUUUACUAAAGUGUACCGAGUCGAUUGACGCAAGCGAUAAUAUUCUAUAGCAUUAAAGAUAAUUAGUUCUUCAUACAUACAUAACCAUAGUAUCUACCGUAUACAUUUUAUGAAACAGUUUGAAGGAAAAUUUGUACUUAGUUUUGCAAUUUAAUGCUUAAUAUCCUUUGUAUGGCCUAACCUAAUGACUCAUGUAGUAAAGGCGAAUAUUAUUAUAUUGUUUGAGGAAAGUGUAAGUAAGUUAUCUUUGUAAAUGCUGAGUGAGUCAUUGUUUGAAAAUCUUGAAAUCGUAGUGCGUACGUCUACGUUAUACUUUUAAAUGUCCACAAUGACAACAAGGUCAGUACAUAAUGGCUGUAAGCAAAUCGAUUCAUAUACCUACUACAUUUGCUACAAUAUAAUCUGAUUGCCAUGAUAAAUAGAGCCUUGGCACGAAAUCAUAGAGUAUAUAAUUCUGAGGAUGAAAAUAACCAAAUGACUCAUCCACUUUGCCGGUCACGACAACCGAAUCGAUUUUAGUACAAAAUUUGUACGCGAGUAACUGUUCCCAUGGUAUUGUUAUCAAUACUUUGUCUUAGUCAUAUUUACUGACGCUGACUAUUUCGGCUAUAGAUAAAGUAUUUUUAGCAUACGACUAUAAAUCUGUAGCGUUUUUUAAUGAACUAGUUAUCAUAGUCUUGUAGAUCCCGAUAUUAAUUAUCGGGCGAGAAUUAAGAUAAAAAUAAAAAUGUUUAACAAAACAUUGGCCAAUUUUAAAUGAUUUUAAUGUAGUUAAAUAUAGUUUUCAUAUUAAGAUCAACACUGAUUUUUUUCGAUGAGGAUAAUUUAACCCCAGUGUAAUGGCACAUAAUAUUAAUUUAAGAUCAUAGAGGAAAAAAGAUUGCACGUGUUAUGUAACUAUCACACUGACUUAUUUAUAUUUUUUGUUAUAUUAGACUUAAGUAGGAUGUAAAAUGGUAUAUCGGGGCCCUUGCUAUUUAAAUUUAUAUAUACAUAAAUAGCUCAGUAUAUUGUUUGUCGAUUUGGUUUAAAUUCAGAUAUUUUUUUAACAACGAUUUAAUACCAAAUUAAGAGACUUAGUAUGUUGUAUUGUUUUCUGUGAUUUUAAGGUCGAUAUUUAAAGAAAGCCAAAAAAAUAUUGUGUAUAACGUAACGAUGUGUUAAUUGUAUUUAUUGUGAGAUAUUGCUUUAUAAUUGUCAUCUAUAAUUAUAAUAUAUAUUUACCUAAGUUGUUUGUUUAUGACAACACGAUCUCAAUAUAAUCUUCCUUGGGUUGAUUCAGUUACCUAAUAAUUUAUAUUAAUUAUUACUUAUAUUAAUUUGUACCUGAUUUAAAAAUUAAUACAUUGAUUGAGACUUACAAACUAAUUUUAGAACGAACUAUUUUGUUAUCGUAUUAAUUUUAGAUAACCAGUAAGAGUAAUAUUUAUCGGUAGAUGUGUAUGAGAACGAGCGAAUUUCAGUGUGAAAAAGUUUUACGUACGUAAUUAUUUAUACUAAACCACCGCAAAGCAGCUUACGCAAGCGUGCAACUAAUUUUAAUGUAUUUUAAUAUCAUAGUUAUUAAUUAUAAGUGAACAACUUUCAGACAUGAGAGAAAGCAUCGACAUACAAUAUUAAUAUCAGUUUUGAACGAAUUAAGGUCUGUAAUAGUUUGCGAGGCCGUGGUUGAUCUUUCAUGUCUGCCAGUUUGACGCGUUAAUGUAGUAGAGGUGGGCCUCUAAAACGAUGGUAGGUUUACUGUACUGGGGUGAAAAUACAUUGAUUUAUUAUUGGAAGUUUUUGAAACGUGUCAAAAUUUUUUCAAAAAAGACGUAGAGAGGGUUGGGUGUUAGUUAAAAAUUAUAGCUUAUAGUAGUUAUAAUCAAUUGUAAUUUGAAGAUGUAGUUUGAAAUUGAUGAUGAAAUAAAUUCCAUAAAAAAU